AUGUCUCAAUCUCAAGACAACCACGAAGUUGAGCUCGCUGCUGAUGACGGGGAUGAUCCCCGCUCAGAAAUCGGAAGUAGUAUUGCCUCCUCGAGAACCAGUCUUCGUGACUCCAUAAUCGAUUAUCGCAUUGAGAACGGCCGAUCCUACCAUCGUUACAAAGAAGGCAAAUACAAUCUCCCAAACGACGACCAGGAAAACGACAGACUUGAUUCAAACCAUCAGCUGUGGCUGAUCACUCUUGACGACAAACUCGGCGUCGCCCCGCCCUGCGAAAAGAAUGCGACUGUUGGUCGAGUACUUGAUGUCGGCACUGGCACAGGUAUCUGGGCUAUUGACUUUGGAGACGAACAUCCGGAAGCCGACGUUUAUGGGAACGACCUAUCCGCCGUACAGCCAACCCUAGUACCACCCAACGUCAAGUUUGAAGUUGAUGACAUUGAAGACGAGUGGACAUACUCUCGUCCAUUUGAGUAUAUCCACAGCCGGCUCAUGACUUCCAGUCUCAGCGACUGGCCCGUGUUCUUGAGACGUUGUUUCGAUAAUCUGGAGCCUGGGGGUUACCUCGAAUUGAAAGAAACCGACAUCAUUCCUCGUUCCGACGACGACACCCUCAAUCCCGCGCAUGCCCUUAUGAAAUGGGCUAACCUCCUUCUGGAGGCGUCAAUCAAGCUUGGACGGCCCUACAUGGAGAUCCCAAGUUUGAAGCAGCUCAUGAUUGAAGCAGGAUUUGAGGAUGUCACAAUGCACGUCUAUAAGUGGCCAACUAAUGGGUGGCCUAAGGACCCGAGAUACAGGGAGAUUGGCCUGUGGAACUACGAAAACACAAUGAUGGGCCUGGAAGGCUACACGAUGGCCCCCUUGACGCGCGCUCUGGAUUGGAUGCCAGCAGAGGUCGACGUCUUCCUCAUUGAUGUGCGUAAGGACCUCAAGGAUCGAAGCAUUCAUGCAUACUGGCCUCAAUACGCUAUCGUCGGCCGCAAGCCACAAAAGGAGGAGACGCCAGCGGCUGCUUGA